GUUUCUUCCUGCAGGAGCUCAGCAAGUGGAAGAUGACAGAACCAAAGCUUUGCCCCCUUUAGGGGAGCAAUAGAACUCCAAUAAUGACAUAAGAGUCAGUGUUCAUCUGGGAAUCUCAGACAAAGCAGCCGGGAGGAAAAGCAUUUCUGUCAAAGAAGGUUUGUUUCAGCUGAAGCCCAAAGAGUACAAGAAGCAAAAGCCACUGAGUAGACUGGCAAGAGGGAAAGACAAGCUGAAGCCACUACAUUAUAGGAAACAGGUUAAUCUGUCCAGGAAAGAAAGCAAAGUCAAUGUGAAAUAUUGAAUGAAGAUAGUGGACAAUUACUGCCAACUUAUUCCCAUUCUGAAUUGUACAGCCUACACUGGAACAGCCACGUGAAAAUGACACAGCAAAUGCAGAACUUAAACCUUUCGCAGACGAAAAAGAAUAGUGGGCCAUCUUCUCCGAAUGCUGCUAAACGGCUGUAUCGCAACCUCUCUGAGAAGCUGAAGGGGAGUCAUGCAUCCUUUGAUGAGGUGUAUUUCAGGGCAAAGUCAGAUCGACUCAGUCUCCGAAAGACUUCGGUGAAUCUCCAGUGCAACGAAGCUAUGUUUGAGGCUGUGGAACAGCAGGAUUUGGAUGCCGUUCACCUUCUCCUCUAUCAAUAUACACCAGAGGAGCUGGAUCUAAAUACACCGAACAGUGAGGGAUUAACUCCCUUGGACAUUGCCAUCCUGACCAAUAAUGUGCCUAUCGCUAGGAUCCUGCUGAGGAUUGGCGCAAAGGAAAGCCCGCAUUUUGUUAAUAUGGAAAGCAGGUCAAUGCAUCUCAGCGCGUUGGUCCAGGAAGCCCAGCAGAGGGUGAGUGAGCUGUCUGCCCAAGUGAUGAGUGAAGGUCUUAGUAUGGACAACACAGACAAAGAGAAGCAGCUAAAAGCAUGGGAGUGGAGAUACAGGCUUUACAAGCGCAUGAAAGCAGGCUAUGAGCAUGCCAGAGCCCCUGAGGCGCCAACCAAUGUCUGUCUCAUGGUAACAAGCAGCACAUCACUCACUGUCACCUUCCAAGAACCUCUUAGCGUCAACUCGGCUGUAGUGACCAAAUAUAAAGUGGAAUGGAGCUUUUCUGAAGACUUUUCUCCUUUGGCUGGGGAAAUAAUCAUGGAUAAUCUUCACUCUUUGAGAUGCACCAUCACAGGCCUCAGAAUGGGCCAAAUUUAUUACACUCGGGUCUCAGCAUACAACAUGAAGGGAUGGGGACCUCCACAGACUACCACUCCAGCCUGUGCUGCUCCUUCUAAUUGGAAAGACUGUGAUGGCAGAGAACCUAAGCACCAGGGACAUACCGAAGCCCUGGAACGUCUCCUUCAGCAGGUUCGAGCGGCUCAUCAGCAUUACAGUUGCCGAGAAAGUUCUAAACUACAGAAUGCUGGUCGCAAACAAUCCGUCUCCAGGAGCCUGAAGCAUCUUUUCCAUUCUUCAAACAAGUUUGUGAAGACUCUAAAACGUGGACUCUACAUAGCUGUCAUAUUUUACUACAAAGACAACUUGUUAGUAACCAAUGAAGAUCAAAUCCCAAUUGUGGAAAUUGAUGACUCUCACACCAGUUCCAUUAUGCAAGAUUUUCUGUGGUUCACAAAGCUGUCUUGUAUGUGGGAUGAUAUCAGAUGGCUGAGGCAGAAUAUGUCUAUAUCCGUGUCCUCGUCAACAGCACUUCAAGCCAGGCAAAAGAUGAUUUCAGCAACGGCACAGUUACAGAACUUGCUGGGAACUCACAACUUGGGAAGAGUUUAUUAUGAGCCAAUCAAGGACAGACACGGUAAUAUCCUGAUAGUUACGAUAAGAGAAGUAGAGACUCUCUAUUCCUUCUUUAAUGGCAAAUGGAUGCAAAUAUCCAAGCUACAAAGCCAGAGAAAAUCCCUUUCAACUCCGGAGGAGCCAACAGCAUUAGACAUCUUGCUCAUAACAAUCCAGGACACACUUUCCUAUCACAAAAGAAGUCAGCAGCGCCUCUCGCCGGGCUUGUAUCUGGGUUACCUGAAACUCUGCAGCUCCGUCGAUCAAAUCAAAGUCCUUGUACUGCAAAAGCUGCCCAACAUUCUGUGCCAUGUUAAAAUCCGAGACAACAGCAAUGUUUCCAAAGAUGAGUGGGAAUGGCUCCAAAUGCUUGCUGGCUUAGAAUCUGUGGAAAGUGUGGAUCAUGCUUCAGACUGCCCUACUCAAUUGUUCUAUGAGCUCCAGAUGGCAGUGAAAGCUCUCCUCAAACAGAUCAAUCUACCUCUGCGACAGGCAAAGCACUUCCGUCUGUAUACACAGGAGGUGUUGGAACUGGGUCACAAUGUCUCCUUUCUUCUCCUGCUCCCCGCCUCAGACGACGUCUGCACUGCCCCAGGACAGAAUAAUCCUUACACCCCACAUUCAGGAUUUCUUAACCUCCCUCUUCAGAUGUUUGAACUCGUUCAUUUUUGCUGCUACAAAGAGAAAUUUAUUAGUCUGUAUUGCCGCCUUUCUGCUGUCAUAGAGCUGGACUCUCUGAAAACCCAGCAGUCCCUAAGGGAAGCAAUUUCAGACAGUGAAGUCGCUGCUGCCAAACAAAGACACCAGCAAGUUUUAGACUAUAUACAGCAAAUCGAUGAGAUCUGGCGUGAAAUGAGAUGGAUCACAGAGGCACUGCAGUAUGCCAGAUUGUCUUCCAUCACCACCACCCUCACCAGACACCAGGAGUCAGAGAAGAAAAACCCUGAGUGGUAA